GUGGUGGUUUAAUUGGGAGGAGGAGCUCUUCGAUCAGGCCCUCGCCCAGGGCGAUCUUGUCAUUCCUCAUUGAACUUGCAGAGCAGCGGAAGGAGCGUACCCCGGAAGGGAGCGCCCACAAACUGGUUUCUUUUGGGAUCUGUCAACCCCUUACUCUUCACAUCAUUUGGUUCUCCCAAUGCUCCCCACUGAUUUUACUUGAGCGAGCUACAAACUUUCUUGCGAGUCUCAGAGCCGCCGGCGGCCACGUAAAUUGAAUUGUAAGAGAAACUUUUAGCGAUGGCUCCCUGGAAGGUCAUACCGGUGCUUAUCAGUCUGUUGGUGGCUUGUGAAGCCAUCAAAUUUGAAAUCCAAGGGGGCUCGAGCAAAUGCUUGGGAGAAGAAAUAGGAAAGGGCACCUUAGUUGUCGGCGAAUACAAAGUGGUGGAAGCAUCUGCGCCAGCUGUUGAGAAGAUAUCGGUGAAAGUCACGUCGCCCUUCGGCAAGCUGCUGCACUCAGGCGACAUUGUUCCAAGCGGACAGUUUGGAUUCACCACUGAAGAGGCGGGCAAUGUGAUGGCCUGCUUCUGGAUUCCCGGCAGUACGGCUGGCCAAUUUGUGACUGUGGAGCUGAACUGGAAGAUUGGGGUGAACGCAAAGGACUGGGAGGGAGUGGCCAAGAAGGAUAAGAUCACAGAUAUCGAGCUUGACCUCCGAAGGCUGGAAGCGCAGGUAACUUCUGUGUUAGAGGAGAUGACGUACAUGCGGGAGCGCGAGAUGCAGAUGCGGAACCUGAACGAGAUUACCAACUCUCGAGUAGCCUGGUUUGGGAUCCUGUCAUUGGUGGUGUGUUUGGGCGUUGCGGGGUGGCAAGCUACGUACCUGAAGGGUUACUUCGAAAGGAAGAAGAUUUUGUAAUAAUCAUGAUGGUCAGGAUGACCAGCAAAGUUUGGCCCCGUUUUGAAGCAAACUGGGCACCCUUGGAGUAAUGAGGCAAGCGCUGAGGCAGUGGGUCUACGUCUGCCCCAAGCUCCGGACUGCAUCCAGUGCUCGCUGUUGCUCCAAUGAAUACAUGGGAACGUUUCUUUUUUUUGCGAGUCAAGUAGCCCAAUCGAUUCCAGGGCUACUCUGAACAUCCGCACAAUAAUGCGUGUGCAAACUCUCCUUUGACGAGCUCCUUUCUGAGAGACGUUAUCGAAC